AUUGCAAAUUACGAACCGAGAAAAUUUUCGUCCUCGAUUAACAAUUGUACAGUAUAGGGUUAAGCCGAAUUUAGCUUUCAGCUAAUUGUUUCUGUCCAUUAUACUAUUUUGGGCAUAGAUUUUAAGAACCCUUUGUGUAAAUUGUCAAAAAAUCUAAAUUAGAAUGAAUUCCAGACUAAUGGCUUUAAGUUCAAAACUUAUAUUUAGGCGUUCUAUGAGAAUGUUCACGACUUCUGCAUCAAGAUUUAACAAGGACGAAGGUUUUCCUGAUCCAUUAGAUUUAGCUACUGGAAUGGAAAAGAAAGAAAUGCUUGCUAGAUUAAAUGGAAAUGAUGACCCAUAUAACUUAAAAGCUAUUAAGAAAGGAGUUGGUUCUAAAGAUAAACCUACUGAAAUCCCAUCUGCUUUUGAAGCAAGGAUUGUUGGUUGUGUAUGUGAAGAAGAUUCUUCUCAUAUCAAAUGGAUGUGGCUAUAUUCUGGUGAACCAAAACGUUGUAUUUGUGGACAUUGGUACAAGCUCAUUCACAAAGAAUCCUUUCUGUAAAAUAUUUACCAACGUUGUCGUCCUAUUAAAAAUACAACAACUUAGUCUUGCUCCAAAUAAUUUGUUAAGUUAAUUUUGUCAUAGAAAACAAUGUUAUUUGGCAGCAAUAACAAUAAAAUUAUUAUGAUUAUUA